AAACGUCACGGGACUUCAUCAUCCAUCAUCACACGUCAAAAUUUCUCGUAAAGAUGUCACACAUUUUUCGGCAUUCCAUUUUCAAAAUUCUCAGUUCCUCAAAGAACCAUCAACCCAUUCUUCGACAUGAUCAGAUCAGGCAACUUAACUUAUUCAGGAAAAAACCGAUUAAAGAAGCAACUCCCUACAUAAUCGUACGAGCAAAAAAAGAAGAUUUCCAUGAAAUCCUUAAAGUGAUGCAUCAAAGUUACUACGACGGUGAACCCACUAUCAUGUCAUUGAACAUCAGACCCAACUCCGUGCUAGACGAGCUCGCUUUACGAUCUUUAGCGGAAGGAUAUACUUUGGUGGCGAAAUGCAAAUACAACGGCAAUAUAGUCGGCGCAUGCAUCAAUCAGUCGUUAAGCGAAUGGGAUCCGGAGAUGCAAGAGAAGUUGGCCUGUUCCGUUAAGCACGACGAAACCCGCAAGUUAAUUAUGUUUCAGGCUUACGUAAGUCGUGCCCCUGAUUUAUUCAGGUGUUUGGGGGUCAAGAAGAUUUAUGAGAUGGCGUACCUCUUUGUCAACAGAUCCCACCGUAAAAAAGGACUCGCCUUUAGACUCUUGGAAGAAUCGAAAUCCUUAGGGGCAGAUGCAGGUUUCCCUGUAAUCAGAUGUGACGCCACCAACGUUAACACGGCAAAAAUCUGCGAGAAACUGGGGAUGCAAAAAGUGGCCGAUAUCCCUUAUUGCACCUAUUUGGACCAGAACCUGCAGCCGAUCUUCCAACCUCCGUGGCCCCAUCAAAGUACGCAAAUCUACUGCGAUUGCGCGCCCCAGUAUAACGAGCUCAAGAGGAAAAUUCAGAAAAAGGGAAAUUUUUUAAAGUUUUCCAAGCGACAGCACCAUAAGCAACCAUAUGUUUAAAUUGUCAGUCAUGAAAAAAAUAUAUUCAUUGUUGUGCA